GGGGUGGAUUUAUCCCCAGACUUUAAACUUUAUACCUUUUCAUCCUCACCUCACAAUUAGAACAUAGAACACUACAGCACAGUGCAGGCCGUUCAGCCCACAAUGUUGGGCCGACAUUUUAUCCUGCUCUAAGAUCUAUCUAACCCUUUCCUCCCUCAUAGCCCCUCAUUUCUCUAUCAUUCAUGUGUCUAAGAGUCUCUUAAGUGUCCCCCUUGCUCCAGUUGUUAUUACUCAGUCCUGCCAAUGAAAAUUACUUCAAUUUAUUUUUUACAUGUACUGAGAAUAUUUCAAAAUCUUAAGGUUUCAAGUGCUGGCUCACUGUGGUUUCAAUGUCAAGCUUCCUGCGGCCUUCUUCCUCUCAAACAUUUUAAUCUUUUAAUCUUCACUUCAAAGUUCAUAAUAACCCUCUUGCUUGUGUUACCCAGUCUUAAUACCAUUUUAACUCUCUUCUUGUCAUAACUGACAUCAGUCAAUGGAAACUGCCUUAAUAUUAUCUGGUUAGUAUAACUGAGAGGAAUUCAAUUUCUCAGGUUUCAGACUUCAUCACCAAGGUUCACUAAUCAGACUUCCUCCUGCCUUCUUCCUCAUUUAUUUUCUAUGUAGCAUUUCUAUUAGACAGUUAUUUUGCCCCGAGGACUUAGAGCUGAGCAAAGGACAUGUGCUGGUGUGGACUCUGAAUAAAACAAUGUGGAUUCUGAUUCUUCUUAUCUGUUCCCCACCCGUUUCAGGUACAUUGUCGAUAAAAAGUAAUGUAGCAGGAGUUGUGGGAAGAGCGAUCACAGUCGAUUGUCACUAUGCAGCAACAUACCGCUCUCACACGAAGUAUUGGUGCCAUGGGUGGAGUCGCUCCUGUGAAGUUUUAGUGGAAACAAACGGACAACACGAACGGAGGGGAAGAGUGUCAAUCACAGAUAACCCAGCACAGGGAAUAUUUACUGUUACUGUGGAGGAUCUUCACUCUGAAGAUACAGGAUGGUACAGCUGUGGGAUUACAACAUACGGCUACGAUCCAAUACUUAACGUACAUCUACAAGUAUCUGACGAACCCGUGUCUGUUCCUGUGCUUGGAUUUCUUUCACCAGCAAACGUCUCGUGUGUUGGGGGCUCAGUGUUAGUGUCCUGUGAGUCUGUCCAGGGAUCCCUUCCCAUUCAGUACACAUGGUAUGAAAGGACCCCGUCCGUGGAUUCAAAGAUCUCAAAUAGCAGUAAACUGGACCUACGUUGUCAAUCCUUCAAACACCUACACCAUGAAUAUUACUGCAGAGCUUCAAAUAGUCAUGGAAAAAAAUCAAGUGGAAUUGUUGAUGUGAUAAUAAUCAACAAAGCAAAUAGCAUCUUUAGUUAUUUGAUACAAUUCAAUGGAACUGAAAAGGAAUAUUCUGCAAGAAGAAAAUUAUACUGUGCAGAAAAUCCACCUGGUGGAAGGAACAACACAUCCACAAGUAACCCUGGAACAAAAUCCAAUGAAGAGGUUGACUUCAUCAGUUCAGGGAAGUGUGGAAAUGUAACAAAAAUCAAUAACAAUGAAACAACAGUAACCACACAAACUGUAAAUUCAGACGUGACUUCCAACCAUACUCAAAACCAAUAUAUUGCAAGUUACGGGAUAUGGAGCAUGGGGCGCUGGCUGCUCUUCGCUUUGUUGGGGAUCUGGAGUAUCUCAGUUACAUGGUUCACGAGAGAAACUAAGUUUCGGAAGCCAUCCUGGGCAGUGGAGCUGGAAGAGCUGCUGGCUUACAGCCCCAGUGACCUGGGCUCAAUCCUGACUUCCAGCACUGUCCGUGUUAAGUUUGCUCGUUCUCCCUGUGAUCACCUGAGUUUCUUCAGUUUCCUCCCGCACUCCAAGGUUGUGCAGGUUGGUAUGUUAAUCAGCCACUGUAACUUGCCCCUGUUGUGUAGGGGAGGGGGAGAAUCAGGGCAUGUUGUUGGGAAUGUGAGGAGAAUAGGUUACAAACAACAUCAGUGAGGGAAUGGGGCUGGUUCUGUGAACCAGCAUAGACUCAAUGGACUGACUGGUCUUCCAGGUCCCAGGGAAAUGUGCCCCUUGCCACACUGUAGGGAGAUAUUGGGUAACUGUUUCAAUGACUUCAUUGUGUGUUUAGUAAUACUUUUUUUCUCUCUUCCUAUAAUGUUGUAAAGUGUUUUAAGGUAUUUUAAUGUGUUAACAUACUCCAUAGAUCAAAAUGCAUUUUUGCUGUAACUAACUUUGAAAGUAAUCGA